AUGAGGUGGUCCACCAUUCGCAGCAGUACUGCAGUCCUAGCAUUUGUAUAUUUAUAUUGUGUAACAACAUAAAGAAUCAAGAUUGCAUGUACAAGUGACUGUUCCCCUGUCUCUUGCUCUCUGUUAAUGUCUGGUGGAUAACGAGAGCAGAAGAAAGGAGAUGAGCUGAGCUUUAGCCCCCCACCGAGACCCAUCUGAGUUUUGUCCUUUAGGACUGUAGGCAUUCUGUUCUACGUUCUUGCUUGCCUUUUCUAAUGGUGAAAACCAGAGCUGUAACUGUUUUUAUCUGCCCCCUUUAACAGCUGAAGCCUGAAGCUGAUUAAUAAUUCGUAAGCAGACCACAAUGACCCGGAGUUAGAUGGAUGUAUGUUAAGAGCUGAAGAGAUGACCUAAUUUGGUUGAUCUGUAGGCAGUUUCCCAAGUUAUCAAUCAUAGUCUUCCAAGGAGCUUCUCUGUUGCUUACGUUCUUCCCCAACCUUCCUACACAGAGUUUGGUGUUCAGACUCCACAGGCUGCAAUGGUUCAGAUUUCUCUACAGAGGAGCCUGUCCAUAUCUCAAUGCUCCAUCUAUUAUCAACUGCAUCAUGUGGAUGGUGCAAGCAGAAGAUGGACUUCUUGUAGAUCCCAGUAUUCGGGCUUUUCUUUUAGUGCCAGAUCGCCUCUAAAUGUUCUCAAGACUAGCAGCGUUAUCAACUCCUCUGACCCAAAGAAUUUGUAUGGGAGUUCCCUUGCUUCGAGAAGUGGCGCAACCAGUCAUCUAUCUGGCACAAUAGGAGUAAUGGGAGCAUCUGCCGUUCUCUCUCUCAAAUUUUUAGAGAAGCUUGUGUAUUGGAGUAACCGAGAUGGAGAAGAGACACCUCCUUUUGUCAUCUCCAAUGAUCCGCUGGUCAAGAAAGAGUUAUUGUCGUCUGAAAGCUCCCAACUUCCUUCUGACUGUGAUACUGCACUUGGGAAGCUAAGGAAGAAGAGACUCGUCUUGGAGAAAUCUGGAGCAAGCUGCAUUGUAAUGCCAUGCCACUUCUUACAUGCCUGGCACGAUGAAGUUUCACAGGGUUGCUCAGUUCCUUUCCUCCAUGUCGGUGAUUCUGUUUUGAAGGAACUCAAAGCUGCAAGCUUUAAACCUGUUGAGUAUGGAAGUAAUGUUCGUAUAGGAAUUCUAGCUACCGAGAAUACCUUCACGACCGACUGUUAUCUUGAUAAGCUGGAGAGCCAGGGUUUUGAGGUAGUUCGUCCAGAUAGGGCUUCCAUGGAGCACAUGGUGUUACCAGCUUGCAGUGCAUUUAGAAAGGGAGACAUGGAAGGCGCGAGAAAUCUGUUGCAAAUAUCACUCCAGCUUCUACUUGUGCAGGCUGUGAAUACAAUAAUCCUUGCAUCUGAUGACUUCAUUGGUAUCUUGCCGGAUGAUGAUCCGCUGCUCAAGAAAUGUAUCGACCCUAUGGAUGCUUUGGUCAAGGAUACCAUUAUGUGCGCAAGAACAAUGAGACCAUGAUAUGCCUUCCAACUAUUCUGUUUCCUUGUAUAGUUUGACUGUGGUAAGCUGUUUGCACUUGAACCUUUAAGGUUGAGAGAAGAAUUCAUCA